AUGGUUCGACACUUUCUGUAUCGAUAUUUGAGUCUUCCUCAUUAUUAUGACAUCAACACCAGUAGUAGCAGUAGCAAUAGCAGUAGUAGUAGUAGUAGUAGCAGCAGUAGUAGUAGUAGUAGUAGUAGUAUGGAUGACUCACCCACUCAGAGUGAUCACUCCGAACAAGAAGAAUUAUCUCAACAAUUAAAACAACAACAUUUGGAAGAAAAGUCACCAUUUAAUCAUACUCCAUCAACACCAUCAACACCAUUGAAUCAUACUCCAUCCAUCCUUCAUCAUCAUCACCCUCCACACACCAAACAUGUACUCCACUAUUCACACAUUACAACACUCCUUCAAACAAGUUCCAACAAGUACAUUCUUAUCAAUGUUGGAGAAGGAACUCAACACAUUUUAUUGAAACACAAAUUACCACCCAAUCGAAUUGAAGUGAUUAUUAUUACACAAAUGAAAAAUACUCAUGUGAAUGGACUUUGUGGAUUAAUUUCAUAUAUUUUAAUGAAAAAGACUAAAUUAGAUGAUCAACAUCGAAAGAUACCAUUUUUAACCAUCAUUGGACCUACUGGUUUGAUUAAAUACAUUACAAACCUGUUUAAAAUUACUCAAACAUUUUAUGAAAAGAUUCCAAUGUUAUUUAUAGAAAUUGAUAAAGAUGGAAAUAGACAAUACUUUGAAACUAGUACAAUUCCUCUCAAAUCUCUCUAUAUUGAACCUUAUUUACAAAACAAAGAUAACAAAUUAAUUGAGAAUUCUAUAUUGAAAUAUCCUAUUAAUAACAAGUAUCAUUUGUAUCUAUUUGUGUAUCCAAAAAUAUUUGCAAGAAAUCUCAAGACCAAUACUAUUACACUACCAUCACUACCAUCACUACCAUCACAAUUAUCAAACUCAACGAAUGAUUCUUCACCAUUUGUUUUGGAUGUAUGCAUACGAGAAGUUAAUUCCAGUGGAUUUGAUAAACAAAAAUUAGCUCAAUAUGGAAUUUCAAAUACUCAAAUUAAAGAAUUAAAUGAAAAUGGACAAGUCCUAUUGGAGGAUGGAAGAGUCAUUUCAAUGGAUAUGGUCUCAACCAAUGGUAUGGUCACCAAACAAUUUGUGUACAAGAGUACAAUGGUCACGAGGAGCAUCAACACAUGUCCUAAUAAGAAUGAAUAUGACCAAUUAUUAUUGAAUAUUCACCAAGAAGAGGAGGAGAGGAAUUGUCAACAAAUCAUGUCACCACCAAUAAGUAGCAAAACGAAUUUGUGUUUUGUUGAAAAAUUUGAAACACAAAACGAGGAAAAUGAUCAUUCAACAGAGAGUUUGUCUGUUGUGUUUCCCCUUCAGUAUUAUUUAGCCCAAACCAGUAACAUCGAUGCUAUGGCCUACGAACAAAAAAUCAAUUUUUAA